AUGGCUACUACAACAGCAACGGAAGAAGCUUACGUUCUUAAAGUCGAUUCAUUUUUUGGCCCGGUCUCUCGCAAUGUUAACAGAGCCGCCGCCCGCGACCCUCGACCAGGCGAGAUCAGCGUGAUCGAUGUAUCUCGGAUUUUCAGCGAUAAACUCUCUGAUCGGCAAGCAGUUGCUGACAAAGUUCGCAAGGCCUGCAAGGAUAUCGGUUUCUUUUAUGUUACUAAUCAUGGGAUUCCCGACUCUGUCGCGAAAGCUGCGGUGGAUUCAACCCUGGAAUUCUUUCGGCAGCCGCUCGAAAUAAAACAAGAGGUGCAUUUCGAUCAUGAGAUCGAAGGGUACACGGGUAGAAACAAUGAGCAGAUCAACAAAACCGAGCCAAUCGAUACAUACGAGAAAUUCAAGUUGCAAUACCGGCCUUCAAUGGAUCCAACUUCGAAGCUGCCGGGGUACCCAACCGGAGGCGUGUAUCAAGAGUUUCCAUGGGAGAAGACGGCCACAGUUCCAUCUUUCCAACCGGCCAUGAUCGACUCUUUCACGUCCAGACUUCUAUUAGGACGACGACUUCUCCGCAUUUGCGCACUCGCAUUGGACUUGCCAGAGACCUACUUCGAUGAGAUGGUCGCUCAGCCAUUUGCAGGACUUGCGCUCAACUACUUCCCUACUCCUAAGAACAUCCCUACUGGAACGGAUGGCGAAGAGAGUAUCGAGCACGUAGGCCUGGGAUCGCACACUGACUUCGGCCUCAUCACCCUCCUCUGGCAAGACCACCCCGGGCUCCAAGUCUUAUCACCUGGUGGGGACUGGAUCAAAGUGAAUCCCAUUCCUGACACUUUGAUAUGCAACCUGGGAGAUCUGAUGGCGUUGAUCACGAACGGGCGGUUUAUCAGCGAUGUGCACCGGGCGAGGAAUGUGAGUAAGGAUGAGCGAGUCUCUAUGCCCUUCUUCCUCGGCGUUGGGGGCAAGGUCAAGAUUGAGAUUGUGCCGACUUGCGUGGAUCCAGAGGCGGAGAAGGCACCGUGGGAAGGCAUGCUGGCAGUGGAUUGGACUCGGAAGAGGCAAGCGGCUUGCAAGGUCGAGAAUACGGGCAAGGGAGCAUUUCAAGUAUAG